AUGCCCAUCCUGUCGCGCGUGCGGCAGUUGACCGGCUUUGCCGUCUCUCUUAUUCUUAUCACAGCCGUCGCCGCCUCCCCGAUUCUCUCGCGCGAUGCAGAAGCAACCACCGUCUUCCAAUUCCAAGCCAACGGCACGUGGAUCGAAAAUCUUGCCAUCCUACCCGGCGGCGACUUGCUACUCACGCGCAUGGACGAGCCCGAGCUUUGGAGGGCGAAUCCGGCCGACGGCUCGGGGUCGCUGGUGCAUCGAUUCGACCAGGCCACCGCACUGAUGGGCAUCACACACCUGCACGACGAUCGCUACGCCGUCGUGGUGGGAAACGUCACCAUCGCUGACAUCGGCCAGCCCACCCCGGGAUCCUUCUCGCUGUGGGCAGUGGAUCUGGCCGCCGACGCGCCGCAGAUCAGCCCGAUUGUGGCCAUCCCCGAAGCCGGCUGGUUGAACGGAAUGACUCGCCUGGACGACGAGUCGCGUACACUGCUAGUGGCCGACUCGCGCAACGGGGUCAUCUGGAAAGUCAAGCCCUCGUCUGGAGAAUAUGAAGUCGCGCUCUCGGGUCACUCGCUCGAGCCGAAUGCCCAGUCCCUGGGGGUGAAUGGCGUCCAUGCGGUGGGAAUGACGGUGUAUUAUACCUCCAGUUCACUCAGCUCACUCUUCCGAGUCGCUCUCGACGCUCAAGGGCAUGCUGCCGGUCCUGUGGAAACCGUGGUUGCCAGUGACCCUCCGUCCGAUGACUUUGCCCUGGCGUCCGACGGGACCGCAUACCUCAUGGCGAACGGGAACAAUCUGGUUCAACGAGUCUCGUCCACGGGGGAGUUGUCCACGCUGGCAGGGAGUAAGGACUCCUCGCUGGUUGCCGGUCCCAGUGCUGGCCAGGUCAGUGCCGAUGGCAGCAUCUUGUACGUGGUGACCUGUGGCGGACAUAUCGCUCCUCCGCAGGGCAGGCAAGAGCCGGCCAAAGUCGUGGCCAUCAAGCUGUAA